UAUGAGUGCGUCAGGAGGCGAAGGUGAAGCACGUCCAGCCACACGUCUGGCAGUGGCAGUGUGGCACUGCAGCGUCCUUAUUCCUCCCGCACCGCCAACCUGGGACAGUGAUACCUGCUGCCUUCUGGUGCCGUUAGAAUACAUAAGAAGCAUUCGCAAAGAAAAUAUACCACAAGAAAAAAAGGAAAAGAGAUUAGUAGAUUCAUAGGUUAGUAAGAGGGCAUAAGAUGCAAUAAUAAAGGAGAUGUCACAAGAAAAGUAGAAAGAAAAGGGAGAUUCCUGUGGUCCCAAACAAGAUCAAGACUAUUUUAUCAGCUGUUACAUUAGAUUGUCUGCCUGAGUGUUGGUGACUGGGUUGCCUGCCGCCUUGCACGAUCUGUCAUAUGAAGGAGAUAGGAUGAGCUGCGCCUGUCAAGAGGAAUGAUAGAUUUACUUUACUUCCAGAGGAAUGGUGAGACGGCGGCAGCUACAGUCAGACACAGCGCAAACCACUUGUGUCAUUAAGAACAUUCCAGUGAAGAAUGUAAGAAGAAUCAAGAUUUGAAUGGUUCUUACAGAAGCUUCCAGCUAAGCACAAUAUAGAUAACACGACUUUUGAUAAGUGACUGUUGUCUUCAAUGAUUGCACCCAAGAUGUUUCCUAGGAGGAAUGCCAGAAUACUAACAGGCAUUGGGUUCCUCACAAUAGCAGGUUUGAUGGUCUACAAGACUGUAGGGCCUUUUGAAAGCACCAAAAAUCCAGAGGCAUUGCAUGGUCCUCGAGCCAAAAGUGCGAGGGAUGACGCUGCAGACCUCCUAACGCAGAGUCCUCAGCAUCUCAGAAAGCAGAAAGAAUAUGAGAACCAAAUCCUGGCCAAUAUCCAGAAAAUGAGUGCCCACAAGGCCAUGCAGCGCCGCAUGAACCACGACCCCAUGGGAGUCAUUCUGCACAAGAGGCCAAGUCUCCUUCAAGGCUUGGGCAGAGUGCGUGACAUGAAGGAACAGGCGGGAUCAGUAGUACAAAGAAGUGUUGUUCCAGAAAACCAGCUCAAACAUAAGAUUGUACAUUUAGAUUUGAAAGGAGCUCCACCUAAAGUUGAAUAUUUUAAGAAACUGUUUCCUCUUCUUCAUUCAUUUGGUGCAACUGGAUUACUUAUGGAAUAUGAGGACAUGUUUCCAUACUGGGGCAAGUUGGAAUUCCUCUCAGCACAUAAUGCUUAUGCUAAAGGAGACAUUGCUGAUAUCAUUGAACUUGCAAAGAAAAGCAGCUUAAUCAUCAUCCCUCUCGUCCAAACUUUCGGUCACAUGGAGCAUGUCCUAAAACUGAAGGAAUUUGCCGAGCUGCGAGAGGUUCCAAAUUACCCCCAGGUUGUAUGCCCAACAAACAACAAAACACUGCCUCUUAUAAAAAUGAUGAUUGACCAGGUAAUGCAGCUCCAUCCAGGCACUGAUUGGCUUCACAUUGGCUCAGAUGAAGUGUACAACUUGGGUGAGUGUACCAGAUGUCAGCAAUAUCUCCUGCAUCACCAGUUUGGUAAAAGUGAUCUCUUUUUGCACCAUGUCAGGAGUGUGGCCAAAUAUGUCAAAGAAAAUUAUGAUGUUCAACCGAUUAUGUGGGAUGAUGAAUUCCGCAAGAUUCCUCUGAAGGCAAUGGAGGACUCCAAGGUGGGUGAAGUGCUGGAGAUCAUGGUGUGGAAAUACAGCAGUGGCAUAAUGGUUGACCUUCGCUCUGAUAUCUGGGAGAAGUAUUCGACGGUCUUUGGUGGCAUUUGGGUUGCCAGUGCUUUUAAAGGUGCUGCCAAUCCUGACAGUUAUAUAACAAACAUCAAUGAUCGACUCAGCAAUCACAAGGAGUGGAUGGAAAUCUUUGAAUUAUACAAGAGCACCAUUCCCUUCCAAGGCAUUGUUCUUACUGGGUGGCAGAGGUUUGAUCACUUUGGUGUCUUGUGUGAGUUGCUGCCUCAAGCAGUUCCCUCACUGGCUGUGAACCUCAUGUAUAUCAAUGAAAGGAAGGCAGACCAUGGAGCACUGGUCAAAGUAGGGGAUAUGUUGAAAUGCAGCUCUUUUAUCAAUCUUGAUCUCCAGUAUCUAGAGUAUGCCAAUAAGUGUGAUUUUCCUGGCAGUGCAUUCUAUGAAGUGUCUCAAAAACUGUACAUUUUAAAGAGGGACAUUAACACCAUGAUGAAGAACCCUCAUGUUACUGGCUGGGUGUCUGAUUACAACAUUGAGCACAACUUUGUCAGUCCUCAGCAUGCUGAGCAGGGACUUCAGGACCUCACCAUGUUACUCUUUGACUAUGGCAAGGUGAUGAAUGAAGCAGAGACAGCCUUGUCAGAUGUGUUUGAUGAGUACACAGUCAAAGAAUGGAUUUCAUUGAAUGUCAAACCAACUCACACUAAGCUUCAGAAACUACAUGCUUCCAUUUCCAAGUUACAAAAAGUGAAAUAUUGGCCACGGAGACCUCUGGACUCAACAGAAACCAAAGAGUUGUAAAUACCUGUGCUCAUUUUCAGGGUCACAGUUUCCUGUUAUUCUUAAAGGAGAAAAUGAUAUGGAGAGAGCACAUUCAUCUCAGAAUUGUGAUAAAUGUUAAAUCCUGAAUAGGAUCUUUUGUACAAAUUGAUGUUCUCCCAGUGUUUGGUGUUUUGUAAUGAUUAGGUUGAAUCUGGUCAUUUUAGAAUUAUAUUUAGUUAGUAGUUGUCUGCACUUAGUGGUGCUUUGUUAGUGUGCCAUGAUGCUGCUCUAUUUCCUACCGUCAUCUGUGUUUUUGUUUUGUUUAAUUAUCACUUGACUGUCUAUUGUGGCUGUGUACUUCACUGUAAAUCAUUUGCAUUUGAUCAUCAGAUUCACUUGUUGAUAUUUACAUUGAUUGCAUGUAGUGUCCUUCGUUUUGGUGUGUAAUUAGACUUUGCUAUGUUGCCUUGCUUACUCCUUACUUUAUUGUAGCAAGACACGUUUAAUUUUGUGUCCAUACUUCUGAAUCGAUUGUGAUGGUAUCAGUGUUCCUUAAAACAAAGGUUUAUUUAUGUGGUUGUGUAGAGGUGAAUGGUGCUUAGUAAGUGCAUGUCCACCGCUCUGCAUUCACUCAAACUUGAGUGAUUGAAUUGCUAUUGUGAUGCAUUUCAUUUGCAGGGAAAGAUGAUGAUCACACACACACACACACACACACACACACACACACACACACACACAUAGGAUGUUCAGUAUGUAUGGAAAAGGUAGACAGACAUGUUUUGGAGAUGCAUAUGGAUGAGGGAACAAGAUGUAUAAGAGGACAUACAAAUUAGAAGAGUAAAUGUCUCAGUGAUAUCACAUUGAAGUACUGAACUCUAGAAUAGUUUAAGUGAGGAAGUUGUUGCAGUGAUAGUGUGAGCAAAUUUUAAAAAGAAAUUGGAUAACACUAGAUACAGGGACAGGGCAAAUGAGCAUUCAUUACAUUUUGUACAAUUAUGUAAAUACACACACACACACACACUUGGAUAAGUGUAGAUAAACUGGAUAAGUGUAGAUAUGGAGACGAGGCCACACGAGCGUAAAGCCCAGGCCCUGUAAAACUACAACUAGGUAAAUACACACGCACACACUCCAAAUUAUGCUCGGUGAGAGUUUUGUGGAUACAGAAGCCAUGACUGUGCACAACACUUGCUGUGCGAGUGCUCUGGUUACUCUUUGUAUAUGUAUUCAUACAUACUUGAAUUGUCUGUAUGUAUGAUGAUAGGUAUACAUUUGGCUAACACUGCACUUAAUGUUCCACUUAAUGAUCAUCAUCUCCAUGUAUGUAUGUAUUUAUGUACGUAUAUGUUUGAGGCACAAUCAUGAAAUCCAAAUGAAUGCAUAUUUGUUUAUUAGUCAUUAUGUUGCAGUGUAUGUCCCAAUAUAGUAAUGGUGUUUGUGUGUUACUUGUGACCAAAGUGACAUGGCACUUGGGCUGGACUUGAAUAAUGAAGUAACUGUUUCUGAAUAUAAUAUGCAAUACAUUUGAUAUUUAACAUUAUUACAUCUUCCCGGUGAAGUAACCUAAGUACCAGAGCACAGGGUAUCACAGUGUGUGUCUUUUCAGUAUUAUUAUGAGUGCACAGUCAAAGCUUCAUCAUGAGAAGACCUCAUAUUAAGCCAUAUAUUAUGGAAGUUUAGAAAUGCUUGAUCAGUACUAUAGCAAAGUACUUAUACAUUUUGUCAUGAAUGACAAGCUAUUGUCUGAAGUGACUUGGAUUCCGUGGGUACUUUUUAUCAGGGCAAAACCAGAUUAGUGGACCACAGUUUGAGUGUACUAUACAUGGUGGAUUAAACAAAAGGUGACUGGACUCCUACACCUGCCAAGCACAGGUGUUUGCUUGAAAUGUUUGAACAAAAAUUAUUGAACAAUCUUAGUUUUAUGUUUAAAGUACAUACAUAUUUAUAAUGAAGAAUUACACAAUUAUGAUUACAAAGUAUGUAUCUGUCUUAGUUAGCUGAAUACCUUAACAAGAUAUAAUUUAAACAAUGUCUGGUUUUGCGUGCUUUCGCUCUUUUGAGAUUUUAUACACAUAAUAAUUUUGUGAAAGGCAUUAGAGUUGUUGUGCAGCAUUGUAAUACUUCAAAUAUUAUUUGGCCUGAAUAAAGGGAUGAAAAACA